UCUAUUUCCAGAUGAGAUUUUUUUAUUCAGUGUGUGAUAAAUCGUGUUCUUGAAGAGUUUAAAGAAGGUAUUUCUGGAUCAAAUAAAUAAUGUCUGUAUGGCCUGGAUAUUAUAAAUUGCAUCUGACAGAGUUUGACACGGAUGUCAGAUACAGUUACGAAUAAAUAAACCGCCGCGUUUGGACGAUGGACGGCAUCGAGAACGACGACGUCGCGCGGGAUCGUCAAUCAGCUGACGAGGAUGUCAGCGAGUCGGAUAACAAUAGCGAGUGCUUGUCACAGCAAAGCGAGGGCGACGUCAAUUGGUAUUACAUGCCAGACUCGAUUCUCCUGAGCAUCUUCCAGUACCUGAGCCCGAAGGAGUUGACGAUCGCGGGUGAAGUGUGCAGUUCCUGGCAUAGGGUGUCGCGCGACGAGUUCCUAUGGAAAUAUUUAUUUUAUCGUACGUACAAGAUAGAUCCGGACGUCGGCAUCGUGCCAGGUAAAACUUCUUGGUUGGGAGAAUUUAAACGUUUGGCAUAUCACACUCCACUGAUAGAAACUGAAAUUCUCAAGGAACAUUCACAUCAAGUUUUACAUGUGAGCUUCUCCCAUAAUGGCAAAAUGUUUGCAACUUGUUCAAAAGAUGGAUAUAUUCUUGUAUGGCAAAGUCAAUAUCCUGUUACUAUAAAAUAUUUACACGAUAUGAAAACAUUUAGUUGGAAAUAUACACAAUUUUCACAGUUUAAUUGUACAGAUACCUUACUUCUUGUUUCUGGUGUACAUUUUGGUACACCCCAUAGUACUUCGGGAGAAAUAGCAGUCUUUAAAGUAGCACCUGGCUUUGACCUUCAAUGUAGAGUAGUGAAUAAGCCGUAUGACAUAUUUGGUACAUGGUACAGUGAGCGUUACCUUUUAAGCGGAAAUCUGCAUUGGUUGGCACAUUUGGUCAGUACUAGUAUAGUUUGGCUGAAUAAGGCAAACCAGGAAUCAGCUAGUGAACAUGUCCCCAUCAUGACUCAACUUUUUAGAUUCUACAAUGGAAAUGCUUCCUCAAUUAGAGCAAUUAUGGUUGCAAAUUGUUUAGCGCCUGCACCAGCUGAAACUACAGAACAACAAAGCCAACCGUCCUCCUCAAAUACAAAGGAGGAAAAAGGAAAUCCGCCAAGUCACAAGGAUUUGUUGUCACCUUCAAACGAACCUAGUAGCUCGCAACAGCAGGAAGAACCAGAAGUGCUACACCAUGCAUCAUCGAGAUUACAAUAUAGUAAAUUAGAAGGUGGUUUUUCGAAUUGGAGAAAACUUGGUGACGGUUUCGAAUAUGCUAGUCCUAUACAAUACAACCAGGAAUAUAGGCAAGUUGAGAUGCAGCGGAAGGCGCAUGAAAGCGACAGCGAAAGUGAGAAUCCAUUGUGGGAAGAAGAGAGCGAGUCUGGAGAAUCUUCAAUAACCGAAGAAUGUGAUACUGAUGAGUUAGCCAAUAAUCCAGAAAAGUUUCUUAUAUUUACAACUGGCUCCAAAACAUAUACUCCGCAUAAAGUUGGUUUUAAAAGAAUUAAAUUAGUUAGUUUCCCGAGAAGAUUGGACCCGGGACCAUCGCUACGCGAGAGAAUAGCUCAGCGGGAAAGGGAGCGAGAGAGACAAAAUACUCCGUCAGUAGAAGAUUGGUUAAAUUAUGCAUCUGUAGCAGACAAAUUCGAUAAGAUAGAUCAUUUGAUUGAUCUUCACGGUCACAUCAUUGGAAUGGGACUUUCUCCUGAUCAUAGAUAUCUUUAUGUAAAUACAAGGCCAUGGCCAAAGGGUUAUGUUAUUACUAAUCCUUUACAACCACCACCGAUAGCACAAGAAAUUGAUAUACACGUGAUUGACUUGGUAACAUUAAAACAAGUUGGUACAAUGUUAAGAGCACACAAGGCGUAUACACCUAAUAACGAAUGUUUCUUUAUAUUUUUGGACGUGUGUAACGAAUAUGUAGCAAGCGGUGCAGAAGACAAACAUGGUUACUUGUGGGAUAGACAUUAUGGAAUUUGUUUAGCAAAAUUUCCUCAUACCGAUGUAGUUAAUUCCGUAGCUUUUAAUCCACGUGAUCCUGAAAUGUUAGUUACAACCAGUGAUGAUUAUACAGUUAAAAUAUGGCGAAGUCGGGCUAUGGUAAAGGCUUUAGGUUUAGAUGAAAAUUCUUAUCGUAGAGGGAUGGAAGUGCGAAAAAGACGUAGGUUUCAGAGAAGCAGUAAUAAUAUCGACUGACUAAAAACUAUUAAAUUUCCAAUUUAAAACAUUUAUUUUUACAAGAUUUCUAGAGAUAUAUUCUGCACUUAAGUUAAAUUGUAUACAAAAUCGUCCAAAAUACUACUAUCAUGUAAAAGCACAAAUAAUCAAUCUAUUUUUUGAUUGCCUGGGAUUUAUGCACACAAACGCACGUGCAGACUUUUAUUUCUUAUAAUGUAAUACAAUCUGGAAUCUCACCAGAUGAGUACUAUUUGAAAGAGUUACUAAAAAUGUUGUUAAAAGAAUGAAUAUCGCAAAGAAUUAUUAUCUAUUGUUAAAAUUAGAAAAUAUCUAAUUAAAAAAAAUUAAAAUUACAUUAUUUAAAUAUUAAAGAAUAUCAUCAAACUAUUUUUAAAUUGUCAGGUUAAAGUUUAUUGAUAUAGCUUCUGCAAAUGGAACUCUAAGCCUUAUAGAAUUUAUCUUCUGAUAAAAUUGUAAAAUUGGAACCUUCACUGUGUGUGUGCAAUGAUUAUUAAGUUUUUCAUGAUUAUAAUUCUGUUCACACAUGUAUGUGAUCUGUAAUACUAAAUUUUUUAAUUUAUUCUAUAUAUUUUUAGCUAUAAUUUGAAAUAUUUAUUUCGUCUACUUAUACUUGUACUAAACAAAGGAAAUAAUGAAUGGAUAUAAAUGUGCACUAUUUUAUAUCAUUUUUUCAUACAUUUCAUUUUUUGAUCUUGUAUGGUGUAUAAUUAUAAUAUAAAAUUAUAAAUGUAAUAUAAUAAAUCUUCCACAAAAACGAACAAAUUUGGAGAUAUUUCCAAUGUUCUUGUUACAAGUUCAAAUUUGAUUUAGUAAUUAUGAAAUAUAUAAAAAAUUAAUAUAAUUAAAAAAUCUAUUAUAAUUAAAUGUGGAAUGUUAAUAAAAGUCACAGAUUAACAAGUAAUAUAUAUUUUCUUUUAACAUAAAAUCUAAAACUAUUAGCAAAUAGUACAUAUGAAAAAAGUGAUUCGGAUGUAAACAUUUAAGGAAUGAUUGUUAUUUUUCAGAGAAUAUUCAAUAAUUUACUAUUCUUAUGAUAUCACAUACGAUCUACAUAGACCAACAAUUUUGAACAUUGCUUCCAUGCGAUAUCGUUAAAGCAUUAUAAUAAAAAUGCCACAUGUAUUAGUGCAGAAUCAUAUUUAUAGUUUGUACACCUAAAAGGAUAUAUUGUAACGAUUCACAAAAUCAUUGUAUUGUUUAAUUUGAUUUACUGCUUGUUAUAUAUUAUAAGUUAUAUAAUCACUUACCUACAAUCCGCCAUUUCUUUUGUAUGAUACUGACUUGAGAAACAACAUAAAGGAAUUUAUUUUCCA